GACAACAUGACUGACCUUUCUGCCCCUCGGUUCUUAGCGGAAAACGUGCAAAACCCAGUGGGCCAGUUGACCUGUGACAAUCAGAAAGACCCCGUUGCAACUCUUGUGACGGACAGGUAUCCACGUUUAUCUGACAACAUUGAAAUUUGCCCACGUAUGGCGUCGGAUGACAUUUGGAAAGUGUGUGAAUUGGGUGAGAAAACAAUAAAGAGCCAUGCCAGGACUACUUUGAGCACAGAUGAAAAAGUUCUAAUCACACUGCCAAGGAAUGAUUCUACCACAGCAGAGUUCAUAGAGGUCCACGUGCUGGACGGCAGUUCCACCACCAUAGUCAGCGCCAGCACCCAGACAGACUGGGAGUGGGUGGAGCAGGCACUCACAGACAGCUGUCAAGUUCAAAGUAAAGUGGAGAGGUCUGAGCCAAAAGCCUCAUCACAGACAGUCCCCCAGAGUAUAGUUAUUGGGCCAGAUUCAGAGAAUGAAGAGACAGAUAUGGAGAAGGAAAAUGAGUUGUAUGGUAUACCUAAUGUGGGGCCACCUUCCAUGUUGGCCUACAAACCAGAGUCGAAACAACCCCCUGUUCAUUUUGAAAAGAUCUCAGUGUUGUCCAUCUCUGGAUCCAAUGAGGCUCAGUCCAAACGGAAAAUAGAGUUUGUUCUAUGUGACUACUGCCAGCAACCCUGUAACCCUUUCAUACGCCGGGAACAAUUGGAAAAUAAUCGUGACCUGGAAUUGCUCUUUUGCUGUGAACGGGCUCAGAAAAUGCGAGCGUUUCUCCUGGAAGAGGAGCGGGCCUUAGCUGCCGUGGAGAUGAACAGGAAGAUUGAUGUGGGCCCUCACCCACCCUUCAUGAACAAACACGAGAAGAGAGCUGCAAAGGAGCGGGCAGAGCAGAGGUUGCGGGAAUGGGAACUUCAGAAGGUCCUGAAGAAAGGCAAUCAGAACCGAUUUUUUUCAGGUCAGAUCAAAACCAUCUCCUACAGACUGUCCAAUGAGGUUUGGACUAUCCGAGAAGAAUCUCACUUCCCUAAGAUGGACAUCAUGAACUCCUCAGAUAUCUUCGCCCUCCAGGGGGAGACGGACAGGCAGCACAGAGAGAGGGUAGGUUUCUGUAUUAACACCAUCUCUGUACUGUCAUUGACACCAGCUUAUCUCAUCUGA